AUGUUUUCGAACAUGGGUAACGUGAUUUUCUCAAUUAUCUGGCUCUUGAUCCUCAUCUUUAUUGCCUUUUGGAUUGCUGGACUGGCAGCCGGCGUGUACAUCCUCAUUCUGCCCUUCACAGUUUGCAUAGAGCCGUUGACGGGCCUGACUGACUUCUUAUUAUCAGUUGUUCAAUUCCCCAAGUACUGCGCUCAAGCAAUGGUGGAAGGAAAAGGAUUUAAU